CAAGCUUUGUGGGAAUGGUGGUUUAAGAAUGCGAUAUGUGAGGUGAAAAGUAAUCGUUAAUACGUUGAUGUGAAAGUUUGAUGUGAUGCAGUAUGGAAGGAAAGUAAAGAGUUCGCAAGAUUAAUUACAGAGUUUCGUUAGAUUCAGGAGACCAUGGCAUCAAAGAGCGGCGGCGGCUUUGAUUUUCCAGGGAUGAGGAAAACCGUUCUGGAUUUAAGGGAACACCCCAACAAAAACGACGUAGUCGAACUUACAAAACAUAUUAAAAAAAGUGAGAUAGUCUUCAUGAACCCUGAUCCAGACGAUGAACCUUUCCUGACAUCAUUCACCGUAUUGGCAGCAGAUGGCUUUUCUACUGCCAUAUCAACAGGAGCAGUUUCUCAUACAAAUUAUGUGUUCCGCUCUACGCUCGUGUUAAUCCAGUAUUUGGUGCAAUACCUGCGAAAACAAAUUGACAAUCCAUCUGUCACACUCACAUUGCCUUCGAAAAGAGUACUACAGACAAUACGGACUAUGUGCACUUUAGAAUUUCCAGCAAAUUGUGCUGAAGAGAGUGAAGGCAUUACUGCUAUUUUGUCAUCAUCAAAGGUGCCCGAGGCAACUGUGAAACAUUUGACUGUUCCUGAUUCUAAUAGUGGAGGUUUUGCAUUAACCAGACUCGAUAAAUCAAGACUGAUUUUGGAGCAGCUCACUACCCCACAGUUCGAUACAAUGGAGGAUCGUAUGGAGUCCCCCAGUGCAGAUACUACAACAUCUCCGGGAGGCUCUGCUGGUGGCUUGGCAGAUGCACCACCACCUGAUACCACAGCAAAUUUACAGGCCUUUUACACUGACAGAAAUAUAUGGAUUUUGAGAUCGCUGGGGGCUGGUGAAGUUUUGAUUGAUGUUUGCAUGGCACUGCCUCACAUCAAUCGUUACGUUUUGAAAGCUAAGGAGUCUUUGAGCAGAAAUACAAUUUUGUUACCAUUUUUGCCUAAUGAGACUCUGCUAAUUCGACAGAGUUUGAGUUUACUGGAGAACGAUUUGAAUGUGUUACAUAGUACACUGCAGUUACCACUCCUGGAGCCACUGACUCCUGACAAACUUGAAAAAUUAACUAUUCUGACAAUGGCAAGUUUGUACAUAGCUGUAUCUGUAGCAACUGCUGCAACAAUACAUGGGAUAAUGAUGUCUUCAGUUCCAAAGCAGUCUGGUACUGGCACGCAGAGACCUAAUGAUGAUGAAAUUGCGACUGAUAAACAUGCUGUGGCGAUUGUGGAGAGAGCACUGGAUUUCUUCAAUUAUGUGUCAUCUUUGAUGAAAAAUUCAUCUAAAGCUGGUGGGCAUAUACCAAGUAAUCAUGCCAUGAUAGGUAUUAUGGUCCUGCUAACAGGACUUCACAAUCAGCUACAUGUCUCAAACAAUUUCCCACUUCCUAAAGAAGAAAGAGGGAAGUCACCCAGAAAAGCAGCUGAAAAAAUGAACUUGACUAAACUACAACAAGGUUUCAAUGUACUGUCUGUGGCUGUAACAAGUUCAUUGUUGAAAUUCAUGAAGUCACUAAUGAGUGAUAUGAUGACAGAGUGCUUGUCUUUGGAGGAUGACGCUGGAUCUGAUCAGCAACCAGCAAAUCUAAAUAUUAUGGGAAAUUACACAGCAUUGCAAAGAGUCCUUCGUCUCCUGUGUGGCAUUCCUGUUGCCCAGUUAUUACUUAACUUGGCAACUGUUAGUUACAGAAAGGCAUGUGCUUUGAAGAGAGUUACAUCUGUUGCAAACCAGGAGGAAUUUGUACCUGUGGAAGCAUCUACAGAUUAUGAUGAUGAUUUUUCUGCGGAGAGUGGUGAGCAACCACAAGCUGACAGAUCUAAUGAAGAAUCAUCUCAGAGAGAUGAAACAAACAGGGAGGACACUCAGCAUGAUAACCGUCGUGGAGAAGAAGAUGAAGACAGUGAACCUAUAUUGGGUCUUUGGCUUGAGGAAACCUUGGCCCCUGAAUCUUCAGUUGCUGCUUUGUCAGAAAGCAGUAGAGAGAAACAAGAUGGACCAGGUGCAACUGGUACAGGAGGUACAGGUGGCCCAUGUCACACACACAUUCCAUCAAAGGGACCUGAUGCUUUCCUGUCAUUGGGAUUAAAAAUUAUACGAUUCCUCAACAAAUAUAUGGUCAAUGUAGAAACACCACGGCCAUUGGUACCUAGCAUUCAGGAAGGAAUUGGAGAGCAACAAUUGGCCUCAAUAUGUGGUAUAAUUAGGGACUUGGAUAGAGAGUCCAGCAAGAGCAGCACACAAGAAGAUUCUGCAGCUGAAACAAUAUAUUCUAAUUUGGAAGUGCUGUACAAUCGUUUCUCAGGAGCUUUCUCUCAAUUCACACAUAAUAUGGUGAUGAGCCGCAUUCUGACUGACACAAUGCAGAAGCAGUUUCUAAAUCUUCUGGUGAAGGAUCACAGUAAUCCCAGCAUGUGGCCACUCUUACUACAUUGUCGCUCUUUGGCAGUUGUAGCGCAGAUGAUUAUGUUAAAGCCUCUGCAGGAAAGAACAAAUGCAGUAUUAAAUGUUUGGAAACGAUUGAUAAAUACAAUAGUAGAAAGUGUCACACGUCCAAUUGGUGUGUAUGAACCAGACUCUGAAGAUUUAAACAUUGAACAUGCUUAUGUUCUCUUAUAUUUGUUUCACUCCCUGAACUUAAUACCAAGGAAAUCAGUUAUGUUAAUGACUGCCAGUGCAGCUAUUCGUUGUGCUGAUGCAGUCAAGCAGCAAAUGAGUGACUUGCAAAUCUUAUAUCUUUCAAGACUGAUUCUUCUCUUUGAAUAUCAGCUGAAAUAUCUGUACGAAGCUCCACAGUCACUUUUGGAACGGGUUGACUGGAUACUGUUUAGAGCACCAGCUGUUGUAUAUGAUAAUAGCAGAAAUAAAUCAGAGCAUGCAUUCAUUGCUGCUGAAGUUGAAGCAACAUUCCAAAGACUUGCAAACCAACAAGAGAGCCAGUUCCGCCCAAGAUUCUAUUUCCUGACCAUGCCAGAGGGAAGCAAUCAAGAUGUACCGAAACUGGAUGGACUGGCAUGUAACUUCAUUGUUGGUUCACCUGGAAAGUGGAGUUAUGACUCUCUUUUGAAUUCAGUGAUUGAAAUUCUUAAUGUAGCUGAUCAAUUGUGCCCAGCAAUGAAACGGGAGACGGAAAUGUCUGUUAUUGGACAUUGUUCAGUGAGAUACUGCUUCACUGUCUGCUGGAGGAUAGUUCAGAUGCUGCCACCAUCUAUACAAUUUAUGGAGAGAAUAACUAGAGCACAAGAUAAAUGUUGUGCUUCUCAUGGACUUCACCAUACGUUGUGGGUACCACGUUUGAGCGCACGGAACUUUAAUACAUGGAUACUGGAAUACCUUCUGAAACAGACAGCAAAUGGUCAAGUUUUGGAAGAUGUUAUUCAAAAUGUAAAUGUAAACAUGACUACAACAAAACUGGAUAUUUCACUUGUGAAAGAAUUUAUUGCAAGAUUUACACCCAAAGUCACUAAUGCAAAGCAACUUGUUCCCAAGUCCAGUAUGCCAAAAUUGACAGAUGUGUUCUUAUUAGAUGUUUUGAUGACAAGGCUUCAUGUUACUGUUGAAGAUGGUUUCCUCGAAAAUGAAGACUCUGAUUCAGACACACAAGGCCCAGAGUCAGUUGCUGUAGCUACUGCUGCUGCACUGUAUACUGAAGAGUUAUUGCCACACAUUUUUAAGCUUCUGGACUGUGUACUAGCCUGCAUGAGGUCAGGCAUUUUAUAUCAGAUUGAACACAUGAUGAGCUCUGUAACUGAUCGAUUUUACCUACAGGAUCUUUCAACCAUUGGAGAAAUGUUAUUCAUUAGCACAAACAGAAAUGUGAAAACAUUUGCAAUUUCAGCAACGCUAUUGGGUCUUCUACCUCACACAGUAAUAAGCUUCUUGGACAAAUGGGGACAAGACAUUGUUAAAUAUGAUUGGGUGAAAUACCGUGGUGACAUCAUCCCUCCUGAGAGUUUUAUGAUGGAAAUAUUAGGAAAUCAUGUCACAGCCCUCUCAUGUGAACUGUCUUCUAGCCUUAAUAUGUCACUGAAAUAUUUAACAAAUUCACUUGUGACUUUUAUCACUAAACAUAUACAGAGAUGUCCAUAUAAAGGAGAUCUGCAACGUCAGGGUGCAAAAAUACUCAUGCCGCUGACACUAGAUAUCCGCACAGAAUAUGUUGUGCGUGAAGUUCUUCCAAUUCUCGAAGAUAUUGAUGGUCCAAGUGAUAACGAACAAUUUUUAGUUCACUGUUACACCAUUGUAUUGGAGCAUUGUGAAAAUCUAAUGAAACUGGUCGACCGUCGCAUUAAAAACGGGGAGCAAAUAUUACCAGCUGAUGAAGUUGCAUUAAUAGAAUGCCUUAAAUUUAUUGAAGUUUUGUUGGAGAAACCUUAUGGUAUAAGAACGUUAAACAAGUUCUUUUUUGAAGAAAGUUCAAAUCAUCCAUUUUUGGACUUAUUUCAAUUUGUACCAACAUCGCAAGGAACUCUGUCAACCACAUAUGUAAUGUUUAGUCUCAGGAUGUUGCAGAAAAUGUGUGCUGGAGAAUCUCCAGCCCACACCACACUGUACUCAAGUGUGAAAGGAGUGAUAGGCACUUUCUCCGAAAUCACCAAGGUGAACAGUGCAGUUCUUCAUGGCUGGCUGAUGCAUCUGUUAACAGGGCCUAGCAGUGAUGAAAUAGCGGAUUUAGCAAUGCAGCCAGUCGUAAUAAUGCCAAGUGUACAACCAAGUUCUACACAGGCUACACAGCCAUCCACAAACUAUGCCCCGGCAGAUUGGAAAACACUGUCUCCCAUGGGAGAUUCACUAUCAGCAGGCCAGUCAUCAACACCUCAGAACAAAUCUUCCACAGAUGCAGCUCCACCUGACCCGGAUGUCCCAGCCACAACUGAAGAACAAAGGAAUCUUGUGAAGGAAAAUUAUACGCUCCUACAAAGUCUGUGUGCCUACUUUGUAAAAGAAGACAGUGGUAUAUCAGAAGACGUUGCCAUAACUUUAUUAAAAGCGCUAAUAAAAGUUACAUCUACAUUUUUGACAUCUCCUUAUGAUGGCCAAGGUUUUGCUGAUCUUAUGGUCACAAUGAGGACACUUGCUGAAAGUGGCACUGGAAAUGGAUUCAUUCUGCUCUUCAAAGCUGCUACGGAUUGGCUUGACAUAUGCAAGUCUUAUUUAAACCUCUGGGAAAUACAACAAGUGUUAGAAAAGGAACAAUCACCUCUGAAGCACAAAGGAAUGUGUGAGGCAGCAUGUGGUAUUAUGAAUUUUAUGAGCUGUGUUUUUGAGGCAAUCAGCCCUCCAAGCCUAGGACUGCAGAAUCAAACGCCUUGGGAUGAUGAUAUGACAUCAGAUAGAGAGUCUGACCUCAUUGAAGACAUGGAACCAGAAGACGAUGAAAGUGAAGAAGAUGAUUCUGAUGAAGAUAGUUUGUGUAACAGAUUAUGCACAUUUACGAUUACUCAGCGAGAAUUUAUGAACCAGCACUGGUAUCACUGUCACACAUGCAAGAUGGUUGAUGGUGUGGGUGUUUGCUCAGUUUGUGCCCGUGUAUGCCAUAAGGGACAUGAUGUUACUUACGCCAAGUAUGGCAAUUUCUUUUGUGAUUGUGGUGCUCAAGAAGACAACUCGUGCAUUGCUUUAUCAAAACGUAGCCGUCUGGCAAGUGAGGAUGCCCAUACACAGAACAUGCCCUCGGCUGAUCAGCCAUUGUCAUCCACUCCAAUGCAGCAGCGGAAUGUCUCUCCUGUUCAUGUGGAAUCUGGUACAGAAGGAACUGCUAAUGCAGAAGCAGCAAAGCAGUCUCAUCAUACUUCAAAAAUAAUUGCUAACCAUAGAGAAGAAAUUCUUCAUGAACUUAAUGACAACCGUGUUAUGUCAUGCCUAAUGGAUUUAUUGAUUGGGUUUGUGCCAGCUAUGCAAUGUGCCUGUAGAACAAGCAAAGUUGUUGGCAGCUACAAAAGAGCAAGAGAUUCUUUAUUUACUCUGCAUCUGACCCCAAAGAAAUUUGAAUUGACAGAGACGUUAAUGGUUCCAACACUUGGCUCUCAAGAAGGUGCUUUUGAGAAUGUGCGUAUGACAUAUUCUGGAGAGCAAGGUCAAACUAUCAGACAGCUGUUAUCUGCACAGAUGAUCAGGAGGGUAGCAAUGUGCUGUAUGUCAUCCCCUCAUGGGAAGAGACAUCAUCUUGCGGUUUCUCAUGAGAAAGGAAAAAUAACUGUUUUACAGUUAAGUGCAUUGUUGAAACAACCAGAGGCUUCUAAGAGGAAACUGACUCUAACUCGUUUAUCCUCUGCACCAGUUCCAUUUACAGUUUUGUCAAUAACAGGCAAUCCAUGCAAUGAAGACUUUCUAGCAGUAUGUGGACUUAAGGACUGCCAUGUUCUGACAUUUAGCAGCAGUGGAACUGUUGUUGAUCAUUUGGUUCUUCAUCCUCAACUAGAGACUGGAAACUUCAUCAUAAGAGCCAUAUGGCUGCCAGGAUCACAAACAAAUUUGGCAUUGGUUACAGCUGAUUUUGUUAAAAUCUAUGACUUAAGCAAAGACGCUCUUAGCCCACAGUACUUUUUCCUAAUUCCUGCGGGGAAAGUUAGGGAUUGCACUUUUGUCUCAUCACAGUAUUUGGAGAGAAAUCCAGAUGGCUGUGAUCAUAUGCUUCUGAUGUGUUCAAAUGGUCAUAUAUAUGAUCAGGUUAUGAAUGAGGAAAGCUCUGCACUGAAUGGUCCGUUCUAUGUUACCAAUACAUUGACACUUUGUCAUCCAGAAAUUGGAGAAGUUGUUGGACAAAUCGCAUCCCAAGGUGGAGUUUCUGUUUACUACUCUCAUAGCCUACAGAUGUUAUUUUGGAGCUACGUAAAUGGAAAGAGCUUUAUGGCACCAUUGCGCUGUUUAGCUGACUGUGUUACAGCUGUAUUUCCAAUCCAGUUUGGAAAACAAACAACAAAUGGCAAUAAAGCAAAUAAUUCUCAACCUCAGCCUUUGUGCCAGUGGACAGAAGUGCCAAAUCACCCCGGACUUGUUUGCAGCCUCAUGCAAGGAAGUAACAAUCCUGUAAUACUGAUGUUAAAACCAGAUGUAUUUCUGGUGCAAGAAAUUAAAGUUGUACCAUCAAAGGCUAAAAUUAUGGACAUGGUUGUAGUUCGUCAUCCUUCGUCUAGUUGUGAAUAUCGCACAACACUAAUCUUACUUUGUGAGGAUGGAAGUCUGAGAAUAUAUAUGGCUGGUUUGGAAUCAACAGGGUAUUGGCUGUUACCUAGUAUCAAAAAUAUUGCCAAGACACACAAAGUUCCUAAGAAGAAGAAACCAUAUAAAUUAGGAAAAACUACUGGCACAGUUGUGUUUCCAGUUGAUUUCUUUGAACAUUGUGAACCAAUAAAUUCAGUUGAAUUUGGAGGUAAUGACCUCCUACAGAUAUACAGUGCUCAUCAAAUAAAACAUCGACUCAAUACUACAGGUUUGUAUGUUGCAUCGUCAAAAGCUUCAGGAUUCAGUAUUGAAGUUACCAACCCUGACCCUGCUACAAUGAUAAUGGGGAUAAGAGUUCUGCUUGGUACACAAGAUGUGCAGAAAGCUCCAACUUACAUUGAGGUAUUUGGUAGAACUGUCCAAACAAAUCUGACACGUAGCAGAUGGUUUGAUGUGCCUUUCACUAGAGAAGAAAGUCUCCAGGCAGAUAAAAAGUUCACCAUCACUUUUGGACCUUCAGCAGAUGUGGAACAUAUAUCCAUGGUUGACUGCAUAAAAAUUUACGGGAAGCUAAAAGACAUUUACAAUUGGAGUGAUGACACUGAAGAAUUGGUAACCAGUGCCACGGCCCAUCCACAAGCUGCAGCAGCAACUGAUGGAGAUGAUAGUGGUAUUGAUGUACCACAGAAUCUGUCAUGCCUUGAAAAGGUCCUCUCUUCUAUAUUGUCUGUUAUUGACAACUUUUUUGGAGUAAACCUUCCAGCUACAGAUGAUCUCCAGGUGUUCAAAUCUCAUGCUAAGGACCUUGUUACAUUAUUGUUAUAUAUACCUGUUCCAUCCUGUGUUGAGACUGCUGCAGAAUCACUUCUGUCAACAUUACAUCCAACAAGGACUGCGUAUUUCAAUUAUAAAGACCAUGUUCUUCUAGGCCACGUAAACACAGAGUUUGCACUUAUGAGAGAUCAACAAGAUCCUAAGACCAUAGAUGCAGAGGCAUUUUACCAACUGGUUAUGACCAUAAGAAGUAUAGCUGUUGCAAGGCCCCACAAUUUAGCAAAAUUUGAGAAAAUUGUAAAUGAAGAACAUCCACCAUCAUGUCCAAGUGAAGCUGCAGAAAGAGCAAAACAUUUUAUAGUGAGAGUAGUCGAAACAUUGUGGCGUAUUCAUUCAGCCCGGCCAGUGAAUAUGACAUUAGCUCCAGUGUAUAUAAUAGGAUUAACACAGAUAGAAGCAACUGUACAGGCUGUUGUGGAAAUUAUUCAUGCAUUCACAAUUUCUGAUCCUGAAAAUACACUCCCAACUGCUGCAGCACUCUACUUACAACUUUUGCUGUGUGAGGAUGUGCUAGUGAGCUUCAGUGCAAAACAGGCAUUACUUAGAGUCUUAAGACCAAGAGUUCAGAGACAGCGAGGUGCUGUAGCAACACCACCAGUUUGUAGCACACCAGGUGGUCUCACUGUCACAGAAGUUACAUAUGAAAAGUCGCCAGGAUCUGUACAGUCACAAGAACGCACACAGCAGGAGCAGGCCGAGGCUAUAGAGCCUCCAGAACCGACUGUCAGCUUGGCUCCCGAACCGACAGGUUAUAGUGCUAGUUCAAGCUCAAUAAGUGAUGGGUCAGUAGAAACCCUGUUGAAUGCUGCCGGUAACUUCCCAGCUUUGAUGGACAUACCUCCUGACACUGAUGAUGAAACAUUAGUUGAACUGGCAAUAGCACUCAGUUUACAGGGAAUGGAUCCUAGUUUAGCCCAAGGAACUCAUCAGGAGGCUGGUCAUUAUUCGGAUACUACAGCAUCUGCUGGUGGAUCAGAUGAUGAAGGGUCCACUGCUGCUACUGACGGUAGUACUCUACGUACUUCUCCCACUGAACAGAUGCAGGAUGCAGAUGAACCAGAACAGAAGGUGGAACAGGAACAUGAUGAAGAUACAGAUGCUGAAGAAGAAACAAGUAGUCCACGUAUUCACUUUCUUCGGCUUGCACUAUUGGAGCACUUCAUUGGUGCCGUUUCUAAGCUCAAAAACCUGGGAGGAGUCAAAUCUGUACCCUUUUUGCAAGUUGUGUUGAUGCUGACAAGUGAUCUUUAUGGCAAUGAAGAAAGAAGUCAGGACUGCUUGAAACAGUUACUAUCUGCACUUCUAAAUGAGUUAAACCUGAAACAACCUGAUACAAGCAAUGUGUCGGAGCGCAAUAAGAACCGUGAAGUGUGUUUAGUAAUCAUGAGGCUUCUUAGUGUUAUGUUAUCUCGUACCAAGUCAACCAGUAAGGCAACAACAGAGAAUACAUCAUUUGUAUCAAGUGUUACCUCCACCACCUUGAGGGAAUCUGAUCUAAUUAACUAUUGUUUGGCAUUACUGAAGUCACUUUUAAAUUACUGGAAGAGUUCAUCGCCAGAAGAAGGAACUUCUAUAGUAGGUGGAACCUUGCUUAAGGCUCGUCCAACCAUCCCACCACCUGAUAUGGCACCAUUCUUCCUCCGACAGUAUGUGAAGAGCCAUGCAGCUGAUGUGUUUGAAGCUUAUCCUCAAUUGUUGACCGAAAUGGUGUUGAGACUACCUUAUCAAAUCCAUAAGAGUAGUUUGAAUCAAGCAAAGACCAUACUUGUUGAUGAGGCAAGUGAACAGGAAUGGCGCUAUUACCUCUGCGAAUAUAUGAUGACUCAGCAGACGCCUUUCGUACGUCGGCAAGUUAGAAAAUUACUACUUUCUAUCUGUGGUACAAAAGAAGAAUACCGGCAAUUGCGGGAUUUGCAUUCUCUGAACUCGCAUUUCAAUUGGAUUCAGCAAGUAUGUUCUUCACACGGAUUAGACCCACAGUCUCCAUAUCCUCGAUGCAAUACACUGCCUUAUGAUACUUUGGUGGAACUAGUUGAACAUUUGAAGGCAUGUGUCGAAGUUGCAUCUUCUCGUGUUGGUCACUGGCAAACAUACUGUGCACGUGACACACAACUUGUACCAUUCCUCAUUAAGGCAUGUUGUUUGCUGGAUGAAGGUGUUGCUCCAACUAUAUUGCAACUGCUACAGUGCCUUGUUUGUGACAAGGAAUCUGUUCAGAGUGCAAGGACACCUCGAUCAGUGGCAUCAGCAACUUCAGUACCAGCAGCUACAUCUGCAGGAGCUGCAGCUGCUGCCUCAACACUGACGAUUCUACCAGUAUCUGCACCCUCAACUACAUCCCUCGUGCCCUCAACUACUCCGUCAAGUUCAUCACUAUUGUUAUCAUCUAUAUCCUUAUCAUCCCUGUCAUCAGCAGGAACAGUGUCAAGUAGUGCAUCGUUCCCAAAUUAUAACCCACCUUUUCCCACUACAUGUAGUGCAUCGUUCCCAAAUUAUAUCCCACCUUUACCCACUGCAUGUAGUGCGUCGUUCCCGUAUUAUAUCCCACCUUUUACCACUACAUGUAGUGCUAACCCACCUACAUGUAGUGCAUCUUUCUCAGAUUAUGACCUACCUUUUCCCACUACUAGUGGAUCGUUCCCAAGUUAUAACCCACCUUUACCCGCUACAUGUAGUGCAUCUUUCCGAGAUUAUAUCCCACCUUUUCCCACUACAUGUAGUGCAUCUUUCCCAGAUUAUAACCCAUCUUUUCCCACUACAUGUAGUGCAUCUUUCCCUGUGUCAGUAGCCUUUGUGUACCCCUCCCCAGGAACUCUGUCUUUCGUGACAGCAGCUCCUUCAGCAAUUUCCCUUGGUGCACACACUGUUUACAGUUCGACUAAUUUACCCUUAUCACCAUCCACAUCGAGGAUCUCAAUUGGUAAUGCAUCAUUGUCAUCUAGUUCAUCUACUUCUCUUGAUUCAGUUCCUGUUACUGUAAUUUUUCAAAGACACUCAACAACAUCAACAACACGCUCCACUGCACAAGGUGUGUGUGCCACAAGUACAGUGCAGAGUGCACCAACAGCUGUAUCGACCACAGCAAGGAUGCCGCCCACUACAACGCAACCUUCAUCUGGCACCUUUGAGUCAGCCACUGCGGAAGACCAAGAAGGGGCUGCAUUCAGAAAUGUGCACCCAGAUGUUGCCGCAAGAGCAUGGCCUGUUCCAACAACUUAUUUAAGAACUAGUACAUCAUAUUCAUUACAGUCCUCACCCAGGACCCAGCCAACAUCAGGUGUGACAUUGUCAACUAUAACUGGCCCACUGUCUACAAGUCUCUUGCCCCCAUCAAACUGGGCUGUCCCAGGUCCAUCUACAUGGACAGUUCCUGGUCCGUCCACUUGGGCAGCCCCAGGUUCAUCACUUUGGCCUGUUCCGGGAACGUCUGCACCAACAGCUCCAGGACAGUCAACAUGGACAGUUCCUGGUCCAUCUGUGCCUGGUGCUUCUGGCACCUUCAUUUCUAGGGCCCCCAGCUCAUUGUCAUCCAGAGCUCCUGGCUCUGCAAUUUCCAGAGCUCCUGGCCCAUCUUCUUCUGGUGCCCCAGGCACUUCAGUUCCUAGCUCUGUCGGACUGUCUGCCUCCGGCGCUCCUGGACCAUCAACCUCUGGUGCCGCUGGGCCCUCUACUUCUGUCUCUCCCAGACUAUCAGCUUCUGGUACAUCUGGUACUCCGGCCACUGGUCUACCUGGUCCUUCUACAUCUGUAGCUCCUGGGCCAUCCACAUCUGCUGGAGCUCCUGGACCUUCCUUGUCUGCAGCACCUGAUGCCUCUGGUGGUGCUGACCAAGGUCCUUCUACAUCAGAACAACAGCAGCCUUCAAUUGUUAUAGAAUCUGGCCCACCAACAUGGAUGCACCCUUCCUCAUCCUCAGUGGAACUAGUAGAACCUUUCGAAACAGAAUCAUCAGUGACAGGUGUCACAACAGGAACAGAGGAAAGUGAGAAAAUAGAGUGUGUGCUGAGUGAAGCUAGCUUUCAGGAAGACCUCUGUAGUGUGUUCGUUAGUUCAAUUUUCUCUCAGGUCUCUAGGGAUUUCCUCACACGCUUUGUAAGGACAUUCCUUUUAGAGACAAAUGCCACUGCUGUUCGCUGGCAGACUCAUGCACUGCUUCUGGGUAUAUUCAAGCACUCCCAAGAAGCAGAGUGUGAUAUAUUAUUGGAGAUUAUGUGGAGCUUAUGGCCUCAGUUAUCAGCUUUUGGUCGGAAAGCUGCCCAGUAUGUGGACUUGUUGGGCUAUUUCACAUUAAACACAGAAAAUCUUCCUAGGGAUCUGUCGGAGUAUGUAGAAGAGGCUGUAAAUUUACUGCAAGCCCAGAACAGAGUUUUAUCUUGUCAUCCUAAUUCCAAUCUGUACAGCCAAGUGGCACAAUUUGUGGAACUUGAUGGUUUUUAUUUGGAAAGUGAGCCAUGCCUAGUGUGUAAUAACCCAGAGGUACCAUAUACCUCAAUUAAACUUUCUACUAUAAAGAUUGAUUCAAAGUUUACAACUCAUACUCAGAUUGUGAAACUCAUUGGAAGUCAUACGAUUAGCAGAAUCACACUUCGUAUAAGUGAAUUGAAAAGGACAAAAAUGGUGCGAACAAUCAAUAUUUACUACAACAAUCGAACAGUGCAAGCUGUUGUUGAAUUGAAAAAUAAACCAGCUAUGUGGAAUAAAGCUAAGAAAGUGACGUUGACAUCUGGACAGACAGAAUCCAAAAUUGACUUCCCAUUGCCAAUUGUUGCAUGCAACCUUAUGAUCGAGUAUGCAGAUUUUUAUGAAAAUAUCCAGGCCUCCACAGAAACACUCCAAUGUCCAAGGUGUUCAGCAUCUGUACCUGCUAAUCCUGGUGUUUGCACAAACUGUGGUGAAAAUGUUUUUCAGUGCCACAAAUGCAGGGCAAUUAACUAUGAUGAAAAGGACCCAUUUUUAUGUCAUGCUUGUGGAUUCUGCAAGUAUGCAAAAUUUGAUUAUUCCUUGACUGCAAGACCAUGCUGUGCAGUGGACAAAAUUGAAAAUGAUGAAGACCGUAAGAAGACAAUUUCUGUUAUAAACACACUCCUUGAAAAAGCUGACAGAAUUUAUAAAACUAUCAUGACAAAUAAACCAGCGUUGGAGCUCCUGUUACUGAAAAUCAGUGAGCACCGUUCGGACCGCACAGUUGAAGAUGGAAUACAAACUGGAAGUUCAGGAAGCACACAGGUUAAUCGCGCUAUCCAACUGUUAGCGCAACGAUAUUGUGGUGAAUGUAAAAAUUCAUUUGAAGAACUAAGCAAAAUUGUGCAGAAAGUGCUUGCAUGCCGAAGAGAGCUCUUAGCAUAUGACCAAAAUGACCGAGUGUACAGUGAAACAGGUGAAGCUAAUAGUGUAACCGAUCAAGAGUAUGAAUUGCAACAGCCUUGUGAAUCAGAGGCACUGCCGCCUUUGCAAUUACAAGAGGAAGAACUUGAAGUAAACAUUCGUGUUCUGCCACAGCCUCUAAUCAGCAGUUGUUAUGGUUGUGCAUCAUCAGCCACUGAACUCUGCCUCACAUUGCUUCGUGCUCUUGCAUCUAAGGAGGAGUCACGACUUCUGCUUAUCUCUGAAGGCCUAAUUGCAGAACUUCUUGAAUAUAAUUUGCGUCGUGGAACUGGACAGGUACAAGAAGAGGUCAGACAAUUACUGUGUUUAUUAACUCGUGAUAACCUACAAGCAACUGAGCAUCUACGUCAGAUGCUGAUGGAUCGUAUCUCUCUAGCACUGAGAGGACACAGAGCGAGUGUAGAACUUACCUUUGCCGUUCGCCAUGAAAUGAAUUUGUUGUCUACUCUGGUGCAAAAAGAUGACUCAUGUUGGGAGCAGAAGAUAAGGUGUGUGAUGCAGCUGUUCAUUAUUGCGUGUGAAGAUUCUCAUUCACCUGUUGUCAUGCAAUCUAUUAUUCUGCCAUGCCUCAAAAUGCUUCAGAGUCUCAUUAAACCUGACCAGCCGUUAUCCAAAAAGAACAAGGAUAAGACAGUGGACGCUCUGGCUAAUAUCAGCCCUAAAGAGGGAAUCAAUAUAGUAUUGGAAAAAUAUUUACAAGGAGAUCCAAAAUAUUACUAUGCCUACUGGUACAUGCGUAAACCAGAAAAGAUUGCAGAUUUGUCAUCAAGGAAUCUAAACAAAAAUGAAUGGAGGAAGAUAUACCUAGCAGAAAAAUACUUUGGCCGUUGGCACCGUAAAGUUUUUGGUGAACCAGAACCCUUGUUGUUAUGGGAAGGAUCAUGGUUGAGAAAUGUCCUGUUCAAUCCCUGCAGCAGAUUAGCACGACAAGUUACUUGCAACAUGCUUGAAAGUUUUUGUCAAGUAGCUGUACGAAAGCGAAAGAUAAUUGAUCUCUUAACAGCAUAUCUUAGUGAGCUUAGUACUGCUGGAGAGAGUGCUGCUGAAUAUCUCUCAUUGUAUCAGUCCUUAAUUCAGCCUCCUCCAUGGAAAGAGUACCUAGCGUUGAGAGGCAUAUUAGUACACAUAGCUGGUCUUCUUACACAGGAGAUUGAGGAGCUACAUCACCUUGAAGAGACUACUCUAACUUCGAACCUUUCUCAAGGGUAUGCCCUGAAGAUGCUUACAGAACUGCUUGCACUGUUCCUGGAACAAGACUGUAUCAAGCAGCAAUAUAAAGGCCAGCUUGUCAGUGCUGUUCUUAAUGGCUAUGUAUCUCUUCGAAGACUGGUGAUCCAGAGAACAAGGCUUAUUGAUGAAACUCAAGAGAAGCUCCUUGAAAUAUUGGAGGAAAUAACAACAGGAACAGAAGAUGAAACAAAGGAAUUUAUGGCAAUUUGUAUUGAUGCUGUUAAAAAGUAUAGUCUGCAUGAUAUGCGUACACCAGUUUUCAUAUUUGAAAGAAUAUGUUCAAUAAUUUAUCCUGAAGAUAGUGAUACAGGUGAAUUUUAUCUUACACUUGAGAAGGAUCCACAGCAAGAAGACUUUUUACAGGGUAGAAUGGUUGGGAACCCAUAUGCAAGCACAGAACCAGGACUUGGCCCUCUGAUGCGUGAUGUGAAAAAUAAAAUCUGCCAGGACUGUGAACUUGUGGCAUUAUUAGAAGAUGAUAAUGGAAUGGAAUUAUUAGUUAACAACAAGAUAAUCAGUCUGGAUUUACCAGUGAGAGAGGUUUACAAAAAGGUUUGGGUUGCAGAAGGGGGUGAGGGUGAUGCUAUGAGAGUUGUAUACAGAAUGCGAGGUCUUCUUGGUGAUGCUACAGAAGAAUUUGUGGAGACUUUGGAUGCCAAAAGUGAACAAGAAGUAAAUGAUGAAGAUUUGUACAAGAUGGCCAAUGUCAUGGCUGACUGUGGAGGCUUACAGAUUAUGCUUGACCGGUUUGCUGCUAUUAAAGAGACAACAAAGUCAAAACCAUUGCUUCAAGUACUAUUGAAAUUAUUUAAGCUCUGCCUUAAGGUACAACGUAAUCAGGAGUUGCUGAUCGAUCCUGAAUUAGGAACUGUUCCUGUUCUUCUCAGAAUAGUCCACUUGUGCUUGGUAAAUAAAUGUGAGAAAACCAUCACAGAACAGCUAUUACAGAUCACAGAAACCAUACUGCUGAAGGCCACUUCACGACCUGUUGAAGACUUUCAGAGAUUUUCUGCUUCUUUUGGAGGUACUUUACAUGUAGAGGCACUGUUGCCUUUUACAUCAGUUCCUCCUGUGACAAGCAACCCACCAUUGCUGUUGCAUCUCACCCGGAUUUUGGCAGCUCUUACAUACUGCAAUGAGGAGAGAAUGGCUUUGCUGUGUAAUCAUUUCAAGUCUGUGAUAGACUUCAAUAAGUUUGAUUCUGAGCAUACACCAGAUGAUGAACAGAAGCUUGAACUUUUCUGUACACUAACGGAUGGAAUUGAACGAAAUGACAUUGGAAACACAUUGAAGGAUUACAUUAUAAGCCUUGGUAUUGUACAGAAAGCAUUGGACUAUAUAAUGGUCCGUGCACCUACAGAUAAGCCAAUAUUGGUACGUAGUGACUGUGAGCUGUGGAAGGAUUUUAUUUCGAAACCUUCACUUAAAUACAUUCUAAGAUUCCUGACAGGACUUGCAGGAAAUCACCCUGCAACACAGCUGGCAGUUUCAGCAGAGUGUGUACCAAUCAUCCAUCAGCUCGAACAAAUGUCAUCAGAUGAACAUGUAGGUUCCUUGGCUGAAAACUUACUGGAAGCUCUGCGUCAGCAUCCAGAAGUGGCUUCCCGCAUUGAAGAGGUUCGGGAGUAUACCCGUGCAGAGAAAAAACGUCUUGCAAUGGCUAUGCGGGAGAAACAACUAGGAGCACUUGGAAUGAGAAGCAAUGAAAAAGGACAGGUUACAUCUAAGAGCCCUCAUCUGAUGGAGGAUCUUGGUGAAGAAACAGGUCUUGUGUGUGUUAUAUGCCGUGAAGGUUAUAAGUUUCAGCCCAAGAAGGUCUUAGGUAUUUACACAUUUAGCAAACGAUGUAAUGUUGAAGAAUUUGAACCAAAGCACAGGAGAAGUUUAGGGUAUACUACAGUGACUCAUUUCAAUGUAGUUCAUGUCGAUUGUCAUAUGGCAGCAGUUAGAUUGGCUCGUACUAGAGAUGAAUGGGAUUCAGCUGCAUUGCAGAAUGCCAACACAAGAUGCAAUGGAUUGUUACCAGUUUGGGGUCCACAUGUCCCAGAAUCAGCUUUCGCAAGUUGCCUGGCGCGUCACAAUACGUAUCUUCAGGAAGGCACUGGACACAGGGACAUAACAUACCGAUCGACAGUGCACGACUUGAAACUGCUACUUCUGCGCUUUGCCCAGGAGAAGAGUUUCCAUGAAGAUACAGGUGGUGGUGGUCCACAGUCCAACAUGUUUCUUGUGCCAUAUUUGUUGCAUAUGGCACUAUAUAUAUUCACUACAACACGUUCAUGGGCACGUGAGGAAGAAGAAAUGAUUAGUUAUCUUUCCAACCCACAUGGCUGGAUAAAAGACUGUUACAUUGCAGAAGGUCCAUUAUAUAAGUGUGUCAUGUACUUACUACUUCAUUCACCUGCCCGGUGGAAGGAGGAUCGCUUCCGUCACCUUAACAGGCUCAUAGUUUUGGCUCAAGCUCGUGCAACACAACCCAGUGGUCCAGGGCCAGAAAAUCGACUGCUGGAUCUGGAAGUCAAAGACUACUCAGUUUACAAACCUUACGUUGUCUUCUUUGGUCUUGUUGAUGGCAUAUACAAAUACAUUUUGAAGAAUUUGGCAGUGUCCUAUGAGAAACUGUGGCCAUCGACUCUCUCAACAUUUUUGCGACAUAACGAUGAGUUGUUAUUGAAGAUGUCAGAAAAAAUGUUCGCCUUUUACACAGAAGACCUCUUACCAUGUGCUUCAUUUGAAGAAGCGUUUGAUGUGUUAGAGUUAAGAGCAUCAUUGGAUACAGAGCCAUUAGCACACAUCCAGCUCGUCCUUUCAUAUGGAGCCUAGUCACCAGCCCCGAAUAUCGAAAAGACGUUCGUAAUUUCCUUUGGAGAAGCAAUUUGUGAUUUUACACAUUGUGUUUACGUAAACAUGAAACCAUGUGACUUCAAAAAAUUAAAUAGUGCAAUUUUUUGUGAACAGAUGUACAUAAUGAAAAGUGAACUUGUGACAUGGACUGUACAAAUACAGCAAAUUUGAUGGUGUUAUUUUUAAGUCCUUGGAUGUUAGGAGUGUCUAUAAAGUGUGGACUUUUUGGAAUAAAAAUUACAAAAUUCCGUGUAGAAAGUGACAUUUUAAUAAUAAUUAGUGAACAUAACAUUGUGUAACCUUUCAUGCAGUGUAGAUUGUAGUGUUUCAGCCCGAGUGAAAAUUAUUUCCUAUAUAAUUACUCCCAGUGAUAAAUUUGAGAGAAGGUGCUUCAUCCUUUUGUUUAUUCCACCCCUGAAGAGAGGAACUGACGGCUUCUGCCUUGCGUAAAAUCAAUGGUAUGUAUCCCUGAUACUCAGUUUGCUUGUCAAGAAACAUAUGCAAAGCCCAACAAACAGUUUAAAAAAAAGUCACUACUGUUGCAGUAUGUCUAAUCAGAAGUACCCCAAGUGUUGAAUAAAUUGUUUUUUAAAGAUA